ACGAGGGCGCAGUACCUUAUAAUAUUUUUAACCUAACAUAUUUGAAUAGUGAAUAAUCUUAAUUUAUGAAGUGGCUGAAGUACUAACGACAAUCACAACAACUGGAGAAGAAUACUGAGCAACAAGGAAUUUUCGGUUUAUCAUGGGGCGGUUUACAUUUUUAGUCCUUAUAGGACUAAUCCUGUCGGCCGUCUCAUUUAAUGGUGCGUUAGUCAGUGGUGAUGACUCCAAUGUUGGACCGAGCGAAGAUCAGUGCCGUCCCUAUAUUGAAAAGGCGAUAAACGAACUGAAAACAGGUGAACCGGGCGAUGGUAUAGAGGCAGGUGAUUUACCUAUUGGCGACACGAAUUCUGAACACGUUCAACAUGGCGACAAUGGCACAGAUUCUGACGAAAUGCAAUCGGAUCAACCGGCUGGCAAUGAAAAAGAAAAGUCCAUCGAUACAGAUAAGGAUGGCAUACCGAAUGAAGAUGAUACCGACAUCGAUGGUGAUAAUAAGCCAAAUGAGCAAGAUGAAGACAUGGAUGGCGAUGGUCUUUUGAAUGAAGAGGACGAUGAUAUCGAUGGUGAUGUGAUACCGAACGAUCGAGAUCCCGAUAUCGACGGCGAUGGUGUGUUGAACGUUGACGAUCGGGACAUCGAUGGUGACGGAGUACCAAAUGUGGUCGAUCAUGAUCUUGACGGUGAUGGUGUGCCGAAUGUAGUCGAUAGGGAUAUUGAUGGCGAUGGCGUGAGCAAUGCCAACGAUAAUGAUCUAGAUGGUGAUGGCAUACCCAAUGACGAAGAUGAUGACAUUGACGGUGAUGGCAUACCGAAUGAUCAGGAUGAAGAUAUCGACGGUGACGGCAUACCCAACGAUCAAGACGAUGAUAUCGAUGGUGAUGGUAUAGCUAAUAGCGAAGAUAACGAUAUAGAUGGUGAUGGCAUACCGAAUGAUCGAGACAAUGACAUCGACGGCGAUGGCAUACCAAAUGAUCAGGAUGAUGACAUUGAUGGCGAUGGUAUUCCCAACGAGAAGGAUGACGAUAUUGACGGCGAUGGUGUACCAAAUGGUGAAGACAGAGAUCUAGAUGGAGAUGGCGUACCAAACGCUGAGGAUGACGACCUAGAUGGUGAUGGCGUUCCCAACAAGGACGACGAUGACAUUGACGGUGAUGGUGUAUCCAAUGAAGAUGACACCGAUAUUGACGGUGAUGGCGUGCCAAAUGAAAGUGAUGAGGACAUAGAUGGUGACGGCAUCAAAAAUGAACAGGACGACGACAUUGAUGGCGACGGCGUGGCCAAUGAGCAGGACAACGACAUCGAUGGCGAUGGUGAGCCCAACGAGGCUGAUAAGGAUAUUGAUGGUGAUGGUGUGCUCAACAAGGACGAUGUAGAUAUCGACGGUGACGGUAUUCCCAAUGAGAGAGACCACGAUGUUGAUGGAGAUGGUAUGCCCAACGACGAGGAACCCAAGAGUUUGGAUAUUGAUGGCGAUGGCAUUCCCAAUGAUGAUGACAACGACAUUGAUGGCGACCAUAAGUUGAACGAAGUCGACGACGACAUGGAUGGCGAUGGCAUACCGAAUGUACAUGACCGCGAUGUUGACGGUGAUGGCGUGCCCAAUUUACAUGAUGAGGACAGCCUCGAAGCGGAGGAGGCGGCGAAACGGCAAAAACGAGAGGUCGGUGCUGAACCGGCCUCAAUUGAACCCGGCGAAGAUGAAACCAGCCGUGAAAAAGCCGGCGAUAUUGAUGGAGACGGUAUACCAGACCAUAAAGAUAACGAUAAGGAUGGCGACGGCGUGCCAGAUCAUCAGGAUGACGAUAUCGAUGGCGAUGGCAUACCAAAUGAACGGGACAAGGACAGAGAUGGCGAUGGAAUUCCAAAUGAGCACGACGACGAUGAUGGCGAAGAUACCAAGCCGGAAGAUGAGCUGUUGUGGGAAGGCGAAAAACCUGCACAUCUGCGCAGUCGCGACCACAUUACCGAGCUGCUGCAGCUGAACGACGAGCUCAACGCACGCGAAAAAGCUGUGGACAAUGUGGCCGAGAUUAUUUUACGCGAUAUCAAGCGCAUCUACGAAAGCGCCAUUAAACCACUGGAAACCCUGUACAAGUACCGUGACUUGAGCAAUCGCCACUUUGGUGAUCCAGAAAUUUUCUCUAAGCCAUUGGUGCUGUUCAUGGGGCCAUGGUCGGGUGGCAAAUCGACUAUUAUCAACUACCUGACCGGCAAUGAAUAUACGCCCAACUCACUGAGAUCAGGCGCAGAACCAUCACCAGCGUACUUCAAUAUACUGACAUGGGGCAAUGAGACCGAGGUGUUGGACGGUACACAGCUAGCCGCUGACUAUACCUUCUCUGGGCUGCAGAAAUUCGGCCAAGGAUUGGAGGAUCGUCUACGUGGACUGAAACUGCGAAACAAACUAUUGGAAAAGGUCAACAUCGUUGAAAUUCCUGGUAUUUUGGAAGUACGCAAACAGGUUUCUCGCCUCUUCCCCUUCAAUGACGCCUGCCAGUGGUUUAUCGAUCGCGCCGACAUUAUUUUCCUCGUCUACGACCCGGCCAAACUUGACGUUGGCCCCGAGACUGAGGCUAUACUUGAUCAACUGAAGGGACGUGAAUAUCAAACGCGCAUCGUUUUGAACAAAGCCGACACCGUGAAGCCGGAAGAGCUUUUGCGCGUACAGAGCGCCCUCAUUUGGAACAUCUCUCCGCUGAUGUCCUCUGCCCAGCCACCACUUGUGUACACGACAUCGUUGUGGUCGCAUCCCUAUCAGGAGGGUGCACCGGCACGUUUGCUAUUGGCGCAAGAGCGGGCAUUCCUGCGUGACUUGCGCACCGCUGUCGACAAGAGGAUCGAACAUAAAAUAGCUAGUGCGCGUCGUUUCGCUGUGCGCGUUCGCAAUCAUGCCAAAAUGGUGGAUUGCUACCUCAAUACCUACUACAACCACAAGACCCUCUUCGGCAAUAAGAAACGCAUCGCUGAUGAAAUUAUCAACCACCCCCAGAAUUACCACAUCUAUGAGGGUUUAUCGACGCUGACGAACAUUUCGCGCUACGAUCUGCCAGAUCCCGAAGUCUAUCGUGACUUCUUCCGCCUGAACCCGCUAUACGAGUUCAAGAAGCUAUCUGACACCUGCACCUACUUCCGCGGUUGUCCCAUCCAAAAGCUGGAUGUGGCGAUCGCCUACGAGCUGCCUGAAUUGGCUGGCAAAUAUAAGAAGAUGGCCGAAACGGCGCUGACCAACAUCGAGGAAAAAGGCGCUGCUGCGACCGCGCAAGGCGGAAAGGGUCACGGCAAGAGCACCAAAAGUUGAGGUGUGAACGCUUAAAGCUGCAUGAAAUUUGUCCAAAAACAAAGCUCUUUAAAAUGAUAGAAGAAUCUAGAAGCACUGGACAAAGGCAGAACAAACGACACAGCUUUGUGCUUAAAAAAAAAUGACACAGAUUUUUGGAACGAUACAUUAAAUAGCGUCCACAUUGAAAAAAAAUUAACCAACUAAAAAUUUCCGAAAUUUUACAAAAUUGACGACGACUAAGAGAGAGAGACAUUAGAUAUAACAUAAAAGUGAGAGAGAGUGAGCGAUCUAACAGCGAAACAAUCAAAUUUGCUGAAACUAGACAACUUAACGAGCCAAAACUUAACAAAAAUAAAAAAACUGUUAAUCGAAAUUCCUUAAUUGAAAUCUACCAAGCACAGAAAUCAGCUUGCACUAGAAUUUUUUUAGGAAAAGAGAGAGAGAGAUACCAAACUACCUUCUAAUUUUGUAACGACUGGGAGGGACAGAGACAAAAGCGAUAAUAAAAUAAAGUUUCAAUAUCUUUGGCAUAUAAGCUUUGGAUUAAAAUUUUCAUUUAAGUAUAGAGGGAGAUGACUACACCAAUACCAGUAACAAAAUUAAACCGCUAUUACUAACAGCACAUUAUUCUAACCACCAACCCAUUUCGAUCAAAGAGAAAUUCGAAAAAUUUUAACGAAACAUUUGACUUCCGCAAGCAAAUCAAAAAAAAAAAAUAUUAAAACCUUUGCACAACCAUUGAAGGCAUUUAUUUUUUUUUUAAAUUACGUGUUAAACUGUUCUGUAAUAAUUGUGCGCAAUCCCGAUUUCGUAAGUGUCCAAACAGUAUGUUGCAUCCUGUGUACUAAAUAUGUUUUUCGUUUUCUUCUGCACCAAAUAUGAGAGCUUUACUAUAAGUUUGUGUGUUAGCAAAAAUAAAAUAAAAUAAUAAUAAAAACAUAUUUUAUUAAAAUAAAAAACAUUAAAUGUAAUUUUAACUACUAUCACUGCACUGCACAAAAUGCAUUGUGAAUUUUGACCCUGUCAUAGUUAAUAAGUUUUCUUUUUUAUUUGAGUGAGAAAAAAAUUUAGAAACUUGUAAAAAAAAAUGUUUAUAAAAAUUGUAAAACCAACAGUGAAGACAUUACAUGAUUUUUAUAGCAAAAAAUGUAUCAUUAAAUCAAUUCGUAAGCACUACGUCGAUAAAUUGAUUUAAAAAGGGUUUAGCGAAUUCAUGGAAGAUGACAAAUCUGUGAGCUUACAUUUUAAAUAAUGUAAUGUUGGACAUAAUGAUACACUCAGAACUGUAACAACAAAUAAAAACAACU